ACACACCACACACACACACACUCACACACAAUGCAGUGUACGUCUAACGCCAUAACAAGGUGCUGAACACUCGCGGACACAAUCAAACACACAGUUGCGAGAGCAAGACGAUCGUGCGUUACACUAUUAUUUUACUGAAAUGGCAGGGUUCAACUUUGAGACUCAGCUCCAAGAGAGACUUGGUGUCCCAGAUGCAAUUUGGCUUGGAUACGUCCAAGUUGACCUGAACAAACCCGAGAUAGGCCGUGGCUCGGAUGCCACUGUGUAUACAAGUGAGUUGGAGGGUCUCCCUGUUGCUGUGAAGGUCUUACAUAGUAUUUUACUCCAACAGGGCAAUGUCGGGCGUGCAGCUCUUCUCCAGCGAUUCGGCACUGAGUGCCUAGUCAUGCGGCGACUGCAACAUGAAAGAAUUGUGCGACUCCUCGGGAUCGGCAUUGCUCCCAAUCAAUCUCCGUGUAUAGUGGUAGAACUGAUGGCCGGCUCGCUAUUUGAUCGAAUUGGAGUUGAGCCAAGAGAGCCAUUCGCUCAAAGCCUUCAGUAUCUACUCGACGUGGCAGAAGGCUUGCGCUUUCUGCACGGCAAGAACAUUUUGCACCGCGAUUUGAAACCACGUAACAUCUUGGUCACGGCAGGGCGAGCCAAGAUAGCUGAUGUUGGUUUGGCCCGCACUCUUCACGGUAGUCAAGGUGCGGACGUCACGGCUUUGACACGAUGCCCCGGUACGCCUUAUUUUAUGCCGCCAGAGAGCCGACAAGUAGGAACAGCAUACGACGAGAAACUGGAUGUGUUUUCUCUAGGAGUGGUGAUGCUGUCGCUGCUUGUGGGACGACCGCCUUCCCCAACUGAAGCUACUGUUCUGCUGGAGAAUGGAACGCGGAGAUCAGUUCCGGAGGGUCGCCGACGCAAAGCAGAUCUGGAUCGACUGGGCUCGGAUCACCCACUGCAUUCUCUAAUCGUGUCGUGUCUGCAUGAUGAUCCUGGAUCUAGACCAACAUCGGCUGAUGUUCACAUGCACUUACUGCAGAUCUCACUUCCCUCUAUGUCGGCAGAUCGCUAUUUCAGUCAGUUUGCAGACAUUCUGACUCAACUUCAAACGAUUUCCACACAACAGCAGGCAAUCAUCACCCGAGUGGCAGCUGUGGAAGAGAAAGUGAACGGCAUGGAUGCACUGACGGAGAGAGUUUCCACAAUCGACACUAACCUCAGUGCCCACUCAUCAACUCUCACUUCACUCAACUCCACCGUGGAUACACGCUUGGCUGCAGUAGACUCACGCAUUGCUGCAGUGGAUUCACGCUCAGCUGCAGUGGAUUCUUGCCUAGCUUCUGUGCAAUCACGUAUGUCUGCCCUGGAAUUGCGUGUGUCCACACCUCCGUCUAGAUCCAGUACUAUGCCUGCUCAACCACCGAUGGCGACUACUUCACACAGCCGUGACUCUAUUCCCCAAUCCGCUCCAUCACCAGGCAGUGCAUCUUCUGCAACACCACCGAUGACGUCAUCCAGCGCCUCCUCAGCUCAAACACCGGCUAGAGUGCCCAGGCAAGGGCCAGCCUCAUAUCUAGCAACCUUGUUCAGAAACACGUUGUCUCCAUCAGAAUCAGCAGCAGCAGUAGCCCCAUGUCCACCACAGAAGCGUGAUUACACACAGAUCCGCAAAUCAAGGUACUCAUUUGGUAGAUAUGGCAGUGGGAGAUAUCAGUUUAACUCUCCUGGCGGACUAGCAACCAACAAAGCUGGUGACCUGAUCUUCUGUGACACCUACAACCACAGAAUAAAGAUACACGGUGUUGAUGGCAAGUUCAAGCAGACGACUGGUCGGAAGGGUACAAACUGUGGAGAGUUCGAUUUCCCAGGAGCCGUGCAUGUAACAGAUGAUGAACGAGUGAUCAUUGCUGAUACUUCCAACCACCGACUACAGAUCACUGACAAAGACUUCUCCAAGUUCAGCACCAUAGGAAGGCGUGGAUCAGGAAUUGGCGAGUUCCACUACCCAAAUGGUGUUGUCCAAGUGAACCACAGCGCACUGGGCCAGUGCCUUGCACUGGCGGAUACAUGGAACCAUCGGGUUCAGAUUUUGCCAUGCAGUGGUGAGACAGGAUAUGCGUUUGGAACACAAGGUAGUGGUCAAGGCCAAUUUGUAGAUCCAAGCGGCAUCGCAGUGUACCUCAACAGGUUGUUUAUUGCUGAUAGAAGCAACGAUCGCAUCCAGGUGAUGACCGUCGAUGGAGAGUAUAUCACUUCGUUCGGGUCAAAGGGCAGCGCUUUUGGUCAGCUGCAGAGACCGAAACAUGUCACUACAGAUGCCUACGGCAAUGUUCUAGUCGGUGAUCAAGGCAAUGGACGUGUUAUGGUAUAUGCCGCAGAAACUUACACACCACUGGCUGAGUUUGGAAAAGGAGAGCUGGACCAGCCGAUGGGUGUCUGCGUGACAAAUUAA